AUGCUAUACUCGCUCUUCUGCACCCUGCUGGCUGCGGCAGCUGUUACCACAGCAUGCGUGAUUCCUCCUGGCACCCUCUCUAAUACCAUUACCACCGGAUUCGGCGUUCUAGUCCAGAAUCCUGCAUUCCCCGUCAUUCAUGACCGUUAUAUGAAUCUGGAUGCCGCUGGUGGUGGUGACCAGCAUUUGUUCCUGGAUCCUGUUGGCGCCCGUACAUUCAACCUCGUACUCAACGCCGGUGUCCUCGCACAAAAUAUUAUUCACGCUGUGAUCAACGGCGAGCGUGGUGAUCCAAAGGCGAGUUUUCAACCAGUGUAUGGCUGCAAUCCGGAUAACGACGCUUUACAAGUUCAGCUAGCUUUUGUAACUCGCGAACAGUCACCCGUCGGGGGGCUCAUCUGCGUUCGUGUAGCCUCAGGAAACAGGGGGUAUGAGUUUAGAUACUCCCCUCCGAAUAAUCCUGCAUUUGACCCGACGAAUCCAUGCAUGCCGGUGACAAUGGUUUUGGUGACAUCUGGCACCACAUCGACAACCACAAAGCCGACAACCACAAAUCCUACAACCGCCACAACAGCCCCCACAUCGACCGCAACAAAUCUUCCAUACACAGACAUGACCGCCAAAGGCUACGCCUUUGUAGGCUGCUCUCCAGAGCAACGACGUGCCACCGACGGCCCCGGACGAACACUCAGUGGAGCCCUCUACGCAGACGACGCCAUGACGAACGGGAAGUGUAUGGAUUUCUGUACAUCGAAAGGGUACGCAUUUGCCGGCACGGAGUACCGCAGGGAGUGUUGGUGUGGGAAUUCCGUCGCUCCUGGCAGACAGCCAGGGACGACAGUUGCUAGUUUGGCUGGGUGUAGCUUCAAGUGCGGAGGAGACACAACGCAAUACUGUGGUGGAGAUUCGUGGUUGAGUCUCUACAAGAAGUGUGCUGUGGGAGGUCCUUGUGUUAAUGCGGUGUUUACUUGA